UCAUAGUUGUUAGUUCUCUCCGGAGAGUAGCUUGUACAAUUAAUUUCUUGACUUUGAUUCCUACUUAAUUAGCUACUUGACUGCAAUUGUGACUAAUUAAUGUUUAUUUUUGACUGUUAUCAUCAUCAUCAUUUGACAUUGCAGCGAAAUUCAGUACUAACGUUUUUUUUUGUAUAUUGAUGAUCGAGUGACUUGACUCUCGAGUGCGAAUUGCACUUGCGAUAAAUUUGUAAAAAGUAAAACAUCUCAUCGCGAAAAUGGAGACUUAUCUUAAUAUUGUUAAAAUAAUUGCCGACGCGGCCGGCACGACCGUGGAAGUGAGGAGUAAGGCGGUCGAAGAUUUACUCAAUUGUAUUGAUACGGUAAUAUUGGAAAGUUCAUACCAGUUGUGGUUAGAUAAUUGCAUCCCAAUGUUACUGAAAUGUUUGGAAGGGGAGCCCCAGUUUAUUACAGAAUUGCCGGGACAGCAAUUGAGAAAAGGGAUUUUAGAGACCAUACAUCGUCUCCCAUGCAAUGAUAUGUUGCGGCCUCAUUGCAAAAAUAUUUUGAACGUGGUUUUUAAAAUUGUAGAAACAGACAACGAGGAAAAUGUUUUGAUCUGUUUGCGAAUCGUGAUCGAGUUGCAUAAACAAUUUCGUCCACCCUACGCGACGGAAGUGCAGCAGUUUUUGAACUAUGUGAAGCAAGUGUACACCGAGUUACCGGCGUACAUGGACAAGAUUUUUGACCCUGCGCUUCGCGGAACCAUUUUGAUUCCUGACAUUUCUCAGUUGAAUAUUGCAGAAGUGCUGGGGGAGAGGUUUGCGGCCACACAAGUUCAGACGGAAAAAAUGAAUCCCGAUGGCUCUCCAGUCACGUUUACGUUGCAACCAAGAGCCAAAACUUCUCUUAAAGUGUUACAAGAACUGCCAAUCAUCGUUGUUCUCAUGUAUCAAAUUUACAAAACAAGUGUCCAAACCGAGGUGGGUGAAUUCAUUCCGGUUGUAAUGUCAACAAUUUCGCUACAGGCGAAUCAAGAAGCUAGGGAUAAUCCUCAUUUCAACAAAGAGGUCCUCGUAGAGUUUAUGGGAGCACAGGUUAAAACGCUGUCGUUCCUAGCGUACAUUAUCAAACUCUAUCAAGAUCUAGUGAUACAGCACAGCCAUUUAUUGGUCGCUGGGAUGAUUAGUCUUCUCAAAUCAUGUCCCAUGGAAGUGGCAGGCUUGAGAAGAGAGCUGUUUAUUGCGACAAGGCACAUUAUGGGAACGGAACUGCGAUUCAAAUUUGUUCCGUAUAUGGAACAGCUUCUGGAUGAAGAUGUCCUGCUAGGAAAGGGAUGGACAGUCAACGAAACGAUGCGACCCUUGGCAUAUAGCACCAUGGCUGACUUGGUCCAUCAUGUCAGGCAACACUUAUCUUUGGUCGAUUUAAAUAGAGCCGUUCUAUUUUUCUCUUGUCAUGUUCAUGAUGAAAGUAUUCCGCUCAGUAUUCAGACCAUGUCGUGCAAGCUUAUGUUCAACCUGGUUGAAAGCAUUCGUCAUAAAUCAGAGGCUGAAGGUGGAAACGGCCGUGAAAUUCUUAUGAGAAUGCUGGAUGUUUUGGUGUACAAAUUCAAAAUAGUAGCUGAAGUUCAUAUUCCUUACUUUCAAGAAAAGUAUAUCAGCUUAAAAGAAGAUCAAGCUUUAGUAGUACCCGUCCUGGUUCCAAACAAGAAGCUCUGGAACUAUGAACCAGAUGAAAUUCUUCCUAAACACAGCGUUCCGGACGAUGUGAAACGUUUCGGCUUUCCAGUUUCUCCCAUGCAAACUUAUUCUUUCUCAGAUUGCAAGAAUUUGGUGAAAACAAUUGUUUGUGCUGUAAAAACAAUCUCGUGGGGAAUUGCAUCCUGCAAAGUUGGAACCAACGAACCUGCAGCCAGUACUCCAAACACAUAUAAGCAAUUUAGUGCAAAGGAAACUGAAGUCUAUCUUCGGCUAAUCAAGUGGGGUUUGCGAGCGAUCGAUAUUUACGCCAUCACCGGACCCGUCGUUCCUCAAAAUGGUUCGGCGUUCACGGCUGCUCAGCGACCUUUGUACUCUCAAGGGGUUCGUUCCAAGGACGAGAAGGAAGUUUUGGAACAUUUUGCUGGUGCUUUCACCCUCUUGAACACGUAUACCUUCAGAGAGAUAUUUUCUGUCAGUAUUGAUCUCCUCGUUCAAAGGAUUCACGAAAACAAUGCGCUUCAAGUUGUAACCAACAACCUUCUUGCUAAUCAAGCAACUUCUGCCAUUUUUGCUACCAUCCUGGUAGAAUACCUGCUUAACAAAAUGCCAGAAAUGGGAGACGACGUCGAGAAGAGCAAUUUGUACCUGAGACUAUUUAAGCUUGUGUUUGGAUCCGUUAGCCUCUUUCCAAAUGAGAAUGAACAAAUGCUCCGCCCACAUUUACGCGAAAUUGUCAACAAGUCGAUGGAGCUGGCAAUGAAUGCAAAGGAUCCGUUCAAUUACUUUCUUCUGUUAAGAGCUCUCUUCAGAUCCAUUGGGGGUGGAAGUCACGAUUUACUCUAUCAAGAGUUUCUUCCUUUAUUGCCAAGUCUGCUUCAAGGUCUCAACAGUUUGCAGUCUGGUCUGCACAAACAUCAUAUGAAAGACUUGUUUGUAGAACUAUGCCUCACCGUCCCUGUUCGUUUAAGCAGUUUGCUUCCAUACCUGCCAAUGCUAAUGGAUCCCUUAGUAUCCGCACUGAAUGGUUCGCCAACGUUAAUAAGUCAAGGCCUGCGUACUUUGGAACUCUGCGUGGACAAUUUGCAACCAGAAUUUUUGUAUGAACAUAUCCAACCAGUUCGAGCUGAUUUGAUGCAAGCUUUGUGGCGAACUUUGAGAAAUGUACACGACCCUACAGCCGUCGUUUCAUUUAGGAUUUUGGGGAAAUUUGGUGGCAGUAAUCGAAAGAUGCUGGUUGAACCUCAAAAGUUGGAAUAUAGCGACGGAACAAAUAUUGGGCAGUGCAUAACCCUCACCUUUGCAGACCAUAAAACUCCAGUUCUACUCCCACUGGAAAAAGUGAUCGAAGUCGCCGUUCAAACUCUACGUUCAACAAACACACCAACCACGUCCGAGCUCUAUUAUCAACAACAAGCCUGGAGUUUUGUUAAAAUAUUCGUUUUUCAAUCCUUUGAACUGGAAAGCGAUAGAACAUUGGGCAACAAGAUUUUACUUCAUCACAGAAUGAGUGACAGUGAUAUGAUCACUCUCCUUCCAAUCCAUCGUGGCGAUGAUAAGUACAGAUCAAUUCUGAUUACAGCUCUAUCCGGGUGGUUUAUUGCGACGGGUGUGAAAGAAUUGAGAAAGUCGGUCUACUCUUUUCUCGUCCCACUUUUACGGCACAUGGCGAUGGUGAUGACUGUGCAACAGACAGGAAGUUUUGCGGGGAGAGGAGUCAACAUGGACCCCUACAUAAUUUUCGACGCAAUGGCAGCCGUUCUUGCAAAUGAAGAGAAAGAUUUAAAGAGACCCGUUCUUUUUGGACUGUCCGUGAUAAUGAACUGCGUCAUUAAUCUUGUACGAUCAAAGGAUGUGGCAUGUUCACUUCCAAUGAUUGGCUACAUCACAGACAAGUUUUCCGAUCUCUGUUAUAAGAGAGCAUGGUACACCAAGAUGGGAGGAUGUCAAGCCAUUAGCUUUUUCUUGGACAACAUGUCCCUCCGUUGGACCCUCUCCCAACAAGGAACCAUUCUUCGAGCAAUGUUCUUUGUCUUGACAGACUUAACCAAUGAAGUUUCUGCCGGAACAGUUGACCUCGCAAAAGAAAAUUUAACAAAAAUGAUUCGAAUUUGCUGCGCCUGUUCUGAUGACAACCUUUCAUCACUUAAGAAUAGUUGCAUAAGUGACAUGACGAAGGAGUUUACUCGACAACUCACCUCCCCAAUUACAAAUAUUCGUACUCAGUCCAUGAAAGCAUUAGAGUUAUUGGCAGAAAUUCAAGGAAAAACUAUUUCUGCAGUUAUGGAACAACACAAGGACGUUCUGAAUGAAAUGGUCUUACCAAAGAAACAUGUAAUUCGACAUCAAUCGCUCCAAUGUCAGCUCGGAAUUUUGGACGGAAUUACAUUUUGCCUCAGCCUGCAACCCACUCUGUACCCGUUGGAUGCUACUGCACAGGAGACCAAGGUUUUCAUCAACGAAGUGAUGGCCCUUAGUGAUGCGGAUGACAAUGCAUUGUCGAAACUCCCAUGCUACAAAAUCGUAUCCAGUCUCAUCCCCAUCCGGAUAUCUUUGUUGAAUGUACUCGCCUGUGUUGGGCACCUCGCCCCCAUCAAGGAUAAAGUGGCCGGAAUCUUCCUCAAAGCUAUUGGAUCACCAUUCGCAGACCUUCAAAAAUGCGGAUACGAAUGCCUAAAGAAAUUUUCUCAUGGUUUUCCUGUAGAUUUGGAGACUCAAACGACCGCAGUUAGAAUGGCCUUGUCAGCCCUCACCAAUAUUCGAACUGUGACCCAGCCCGUGCUGUCUCAACUCUCAUAUUUGUACCAACUUUUCCCACACGCCAUCACUGACAAAGUUUGGGAACAAUUACUCCAAUUGUACAAAAAGUGCUUAGAGUUUGCCCUCGUGUCACAUCAGAAGGCUCCUGCCCGCACUGGUGUGCACGAACUGAAAAUCGCUGUAGCCAUCCUGGACAUGUUCCAUCUCAUCAAUGCGGGUUCCACUGCAGCAAAGCUUAUGGAAAUUGUGACAAAAUUUUGCCUCCAAGCGGAGAAGGCACUCAUGCUCGGGAAAGGAUCUCCUCUUCGUCUUCCACUUAUGAAGUUUUUAAUAAAACAACCCAAAGAAUUUAUCGACAUUGCAUUCUCCGCUCCAUACAUCCAGUCUCAAGAGUGGAAUCGCUUCUUUAUUUGCUUCCUGGAACAAAGCGAAUCGGAAAAGCUUCGAGCGUGUUUAAUCUCAAAUCCUUCGAAACUCAUUCAUUUUCUUAACAUUAAGAAGAAUCCAACCAUGCCAGGCCCUACUCCAAUUCAAACUGCCCCAACUGCAUCUCAACUCUGUCAACAAGGGCAAGCACCUCAACCUCCUCCUCCAGCCCCCAACAUGGUCACCCUCACUCCUGCAGAGCAGAUAGAAAUUCAAUACUUUGCUGUGAAGGUCAUGUCAAUUCUGAGUGACUAUGAUGAGGAUUGGAUCUUGGGAAACACAUCAAACCGUGGCGAAGUUGUCCAAGCACUCCGAAAAGUUUGGGAGAGUGCAGAAUAUCAAAAUGUGUGCAACAGCACGUCCUCCAUGUUUAUGACCCAGCCGGCCCCACCUCCAAGUGCUGAUCCCACCGUCGCCGUGGCAUCUCCCUCCACACCUCCUAUCCCAAUAUCGUCAUCUCCCAAUUUACACCUGUCUCUCAGUAAGCUUCAAGUACAGACGUGGAAAGAGCCUCAAAUGAUUGCCAAGCUGCUGCUCAGUUACUACCGAAAAAACAAUGGAGACUUUGACAUGCUCUUCAAACUCUUGUUAGCGUUCUGUGGUAAAUCAAUAUCUCAAUAUCACUUUCUGAAGGAAUUUCUCGACAAGACUGUCACAAAGUAUAGUGUCACCUGGAAGCGGCAAGCGUUCUACGCCUUCUCCAAAUUUUUCCACGAUCCAAAAUGCGCCGAGGAGCUGAAGGCUAAGAUAAUUCAGUACAUUUUGAUCCCAUGUUUUUCCUACUGUUUCGAUAAAGGUCAAGCAGACGAACUUAUCGGCUCCAGUCCUGAACCAGACAUUGCUAACCCUAACAAUCUUGUUAACAUCUUUAUCCUUAAUAUUAUCGAUCCUGAAACUCAGACCACGAUUUCCGACUCGGUUAGAAUUUUACUGUAUCAAUUCGCCUGCCUUUUAGUGGACCAAGUCCCCAACCACAUUCAUGACGCUUCCAAUAAGAAGCAGGGAGUAAAAUUGAAGCGCCUGAUGACCUUCACAUGGCCAUGUCUCCUUUCCAAGAGCUGCGUCGAUUCGAGCACCAAAUACUACGGCCAUCUCCUUCUUUGUCACAUCAUCACCAAAUUUGCCCUCAACAAAAGAAUUGUUCUGCAAACGUUUCACAGUCUGCUUAAGGCAUCACUGAUGGAAGCAAAGUCAGUGGUGAAGCAAGCUUUGGACAUUAUCACACCUGCGCUUCCCUCCAGAAUGGAUGAUGGCUACACCAUGCUCAUUCACUGGACCAAGAAGAUCCUCGUUGAAGAAGGUCAUUCCUUGGGUCAGUUGAUGCAUCUUCUCCAACUCAUUGUUCGUCACUGGAAGGUCUACUACCCAGUUCGUCAUGGGGUCGUUCAGCACAUGGUGUCCGGGAUAACAAGACUAGGUUUCACUCCUACAAGUACAUUUGAUCAGAGGAAGCUGGCUGUCGAAAUGGCCGAAGUGAUAAUCAAGUGGGAACUAGAACGAAUUAAAAAUGAGAUUCCGGAAGGGGAACCACCGGAUGAAAAGAGGAUCAAGUUGUUAUCCACUUCCCCCUCCCCAUAUGCAAAAUUAACUGACCCUGCUACAGAUGCGAGCAAACCUUUGGAUGCAACCCAUAUCGAAGCCGUGCUCAGUUUCUUGUUGAGAAUAGCAUGUCAGGUGAACGAACCUAAUCCAUCAGCAGGAUCUCAAGGCGAACUUCUGGCAAAACGAUGCAUUACUCUCGUGAAGCUUAUGCUCCGGCCAGAAGUUUGGAAACAAGGGGAACUGAAAAUCCAAUGGUUCGAAAAACUCUUCGCCACUCUAGACUCCCCACAAGUCAAUUAUCCCAACAUUUGCACCGCUCUCGAGUUGUUGGCAUACAUUAUUGGGAUACUGGAUAAGCCGGCAGUGCUAGAACACAUGAAGUUUCUACAGAAAGGCAUCACUGCUUGUAUGACUUGUCAAAAUAGCAAAGUCAUCCGUCAAGUCCACCAACUGCUGACCAAGUUGACAAGUAUUUUUCCCACCGAAUUCCCCGGUGGCUCGGGAACCUCUACAGUUGUGAAAUAUGACGAACUUGAGCCAUUGUACACCUGCGUGAGCAAAGUGAUUUACGAAGGACUCUCAACGUAUGACAAGCUGACUAACGCUAAUCCACAAACACUCUUGGGUCCAAUAAUGAUGUGCAAAGCUACCUGUUCCAAUAGCCCAGGCUACAUUGACAGAAUAAUUACUGCAUUUAUGAAAUGUCUCCAGAAAUUAGCUCGUGAACAUUUAACGCCUGCUGUGAAUGAUGCAUACGUAGCCACUGAACUGCUCAUCAUUAGCUUGGAGUUGGUUAAAAACCGCGUUGGAGUCAUGGGCGGAGAAAUGAGGAAAGCAUUCAUCGGUCAAGUUUUGGUUAGCCUCAUAGAAAAGUCUACAGAUACCAAAGUAAUCGGAGCUAUUGUCAAGAUGCUUGAAGAUUGGGUCAAGAAUCGGGCUCCACAUGCUGUAAACCAAGGCCCCACCAUCAGAGAAAAGUCCAUCCUCCUCGUAAAAUUGAUGCAAAAUGUUGAAAAGAGAUUUCCUACAGAUCUCGAACUCACUGGAAUGUUUUUGGAGCUUAUCAACUUCAUUUAUCGAGACGAAUCUUUAAAAUCUACCGAACUCAAUGGCAAAUUAGAGCCGGCUUUCCUCUCUGGACUCCGUUGCGUUCAACCAUCCAUCCGAGACAAAUUCUUCCAGGUGUUCGACACUUCGAUCCGACGAAAACUGCACGAACGACUCAUGUACAUUGUUUGCAGUCAGAACUGGGAAGCGAUGGGGCCUCACUACUGGGUCAAACAAUGUGAAGAACUAUUAUUUGCCACAGCUUCAGACGUGGCUUUAGACAUUGCUCCUAAAGAAUCCAUAAUUCCGUCAGAAUCGUAUGGAUUCUCCCUCCUUGAUCAACCCCUGAAGGAUGCCUUUUGUCCAAUCAACAUGGAAACGACCGUGGUAGAUGUUCGUGAACAUGAAAUUGCAUUUGUACAGCAGUUGGAGAAGGAUGUGGAAGCGUUGCAAAAGCUAUCAGACAGCGAGGAUGAAGCCGUAAUUGCUGAAUCUAUAACAAAACUAGAGGACGCCUUCUUAAACGAGGGAUGGAUUGAGCCCGCACAUCCUGACAGAAAUAUGAAGUAUAUAUUGAAACGGGAGAACGAUUUCAUUCAAUAUGCAGCCAAAGGGUUUACGACUCACUCUCUCCUUCAACCCAUGGUCCAGCUCUGCCAUUUGGACACUACACUAUCAGAGAAGAUUUGGAUCUCGUUUUUCCCAAGGGCGUGGAAAAUCUUUACGGAAAAGCAACAACUCGCUUUGGCUAAUGAGAUGGUCCCCUUUCUGUGCAGUGGGGUACAUGCUAUUCAGCAACAUUGUCAUCCUAGUGCAUUAAGCACCUUUGUUGAAGCUCUUUGCCAAUGUACUCCUUCAAUACCAAUGAAACCAGCUGUCCUCUUCUACCUGGGAAAAUCUCACAAUUUGUGGCACAGGAUGAGCCUUCUACUUGAACAACUCGCGUUGGACUGCAGUUUAGCGCCUCCUCUGAAAGCCAAGAAGGACACUCCCAUAGAUUGUUAUGAAUUUGAGCCAACCACCAGCACACCGUCCCCUGCUACGACCACUGUCCAACAACAGGAAAUCUUGGACUCUUUAGCUGAACUGUACUCAUCACUGAAAGAGGACGAUUUAUGGGCCGGUCUUUGGCAAAAGCGAGCAAAGUAUCCAGAGACCAAUUCAGGCAUUGCCUAUGAACUACAAGGCUACUAUGAAAAAGCACAAGGGUGCUAUGAGGUGGCAAUGACGAAAGCGAAAUCAGAAUCUGUGAAUUCCCUGAACUGUUUUAGUGAGCUAAAAUUGUGGGAGGAUCACUGGACAAAAUGUGCAAAGGAACUCAAUCAAUGGGACUUUGUGCUGGACUACAGCUCGUCAAAGAGUGGUGCAGAUCCUUUCGGUGUUUUGGAAGCUUCAUGGCGUAACUCUAAUUGGGCAACUGCUAAGGAAGCGUUGGCCCAGGUGGAAUUAGGUUGCCCAAAAGAAAAGGCAUGGAAGGUUCACUUGUACCGUGGCUAUUUGGCAGUCUGUUUUAGCGAAGAUCAAAAUUUAUCCAUUGUCGAGCGAUUUGUAGAAAGUGCUCAGACUUUGUGUAUCAAGGAGUGGAAACGACUUCCUAAUCUCGUGGCCCCAGUUCACGUCCCAUUGCUUCAGGCUGCUCAGCAGGUUGUGGAACUGCACGAGGCCACUUUGAUCCACCAAGCCCUAUUGCAUGCCCGACAAAACACGAUGAAUGAUACAAAAUCGGUAGUCAAGACUUGGAGAAAUCGACUCCCUUGUAUUUCCGAUGACCUUAGUCACUGGUCUGAUAUAUUCACGUGGAGGCAAUUGCACUACCAAUUUGUCUCUCAACACUAUGUUGAGGGAAGUAGUGAUCAAGGGAAUCAGACCAUGUUGGGAGUACAUGCGUCCGCACAGGUUCAGAUACACAAUUUUUCAGUGCAUCAGCUAUGCCAGGCCAUCUGUCAUUUUGGGAAAAUUGCAAGAAAACAUAACCAAAGCGCUGUGUGUUUGGAUUCAUUAUCAAAAAUUUAUACGAUUCCCAGCGUACCAAUUGUCGACUGUUUCCAAAAGAUUAAGCAACAAGUCAAGUAUUACAUCCAACAGUCUCAAAUUCUCGGAAGGAAUGAGCUCUCAGAGGCUCUGGAGAUCGUGGAAUCUACAAACCUGAAGUAUUUCUCAAAGGAAAUGACAUCGGAAUUCUUUGCGUUAAAAGGCUCCUUGUUGGCACAAAUUGGCCGUUCCGAUGAUGCAAACAAGGCAUUCUCUGCCGCCUGUCAAAUGCAUGAUGCAAAUUCAAAAUCUUGGGGAUUAUGGGGUGACUACUUGGAAAGUUUAUUUACUCGCGACCCUCGCAACAUGACCCUUGGAAUCUCUGCCAUCACUGCGUUCAUGCAUGCUUGUCGACACAACCAAGAAACUAAAGCUAGGAAAUACAUUGCUAAAAUCAUUUGGCUGCUCAUGUAUGACGAUGAAAAGGGCGUUUUGGCUGACACAGUUGACAAGUACUGUAUGGGAGUGCCUCCAAUCCAAUGGCUCCCCUGGGUCCCACAACUUCUCAAUUCGUUAGUCCGUCAAGAUGGAAAAAUGGUAAUCAAUCUGCUCAAUCAAGUAGGAAGGAUGUACCCACAGGCAGUAUACUUCCCAAUUCGAACACUGUACCUUACACUCAAAGUGGAACAACGGGACAAGGUUCGAAAUGCCGAGAUUAUGGCGGCUGCUGCAAAGGCAAGUUUGAUGCAGGAAGGGUCGCCCAGUCCAAGUGAUGGUCAACCAGGUGUUGCUGCUUCUCCAGCGGCUGAACAAGCAAUCCGUGCUACACCUAGCAUGUGGCGGUGCUCAAAGUUAAUGCACAUGCAGAGAGACCUUCAUCCUACGAUUUUAGCCAGUUUGGAAGGCAUUGUAGAUCAGAUUAUUUGGUUCCGUGAGAAUUGGUAUGAAGAAGUUUUGCGUCAAUUGAAGAAUGGUCUGGCCAAGUGUUACGCCAUAGCUUUUGAGAAUCGAACAAAUCUUUUAGAAACGACAAUAAGCGCACAACUUCAAAACUUUGUCAAGAAAUUGGUUUCCAUGUUUGGUCAUGGAAGUCCACUAGGAAAUCCCCCCGUUAUGACUAGUGGAACGGGAACAACACCAACUAUCGAGGCCCUGCUGCUGAGACGUUCAAGUACCCAUGACCCUUCAUUUCAACAAAUGAAGAUUCAGUUUUCUCUAGAUUUUGAUAGUGCAGCUCCUGGUGCAAUAAAGCUACAUAACCUGAUUCAAAGAUUGCGAAAGUGGAUCAAGAUCCUUGAAGGGAAAUGCAAACUGUUUCCAAAGUCUUUCCUAAUGGAGGACAAGUACCGCUUCUUGCUCAACUUUAACAGCCAAAUUGCUGAUAUCGAACUCCCUGGAGAAUUUUUGAUUCCGAAACAUGCCCACUACUACGUUAAGAUUGCAAGGUUUCAGCCAAGAAUUGAAAUCGUACAAAAGCACAACUUUUGCGCUAGAAGAAUUUAUAUUCGAGGUCACAACGGGAAAAUCUAUCCAUACCUCAUUGCUCACGAUUCCUGUCUAAGUGAUGCACGAAGAGAAGAACGAGUCGUGCAAAUGAUUAGAAUGUUGAAUCAUUACUUGGGACGACAGAAGGUUACUGCGAAAAGAAAUCUACGAUACACUGUCCCCAAAGUUGUUCCAGUAUCUCCACAAAUGAGACUAGUCGAAGACAAUCCAGCAUCUCUUUCUCUCCUGGAUGUCUUUAAAAUCAGUUGUGCAAAGAAACAGAUUGAGUUCGAUGCUGCAAUUGGAAGAUAUUAUGAAAAAAUUGCUAACACUCAGCUGUCCGGAACUAUUGUCAGAGGAGGUCAAAUGAGUUCACAAGUACUGAGAGAUAUAUUACAUGAUAUUCAAAUAAACCUUGUUCCCAGAACAAUGUUUCGCGAAUGGGCGCUAAGUACAUUUUCUUCACCAUCCGACUACUGGAUGUUCCGAAAAAUUUUUACGCUUCAACUUUGCCUAUCUGGAUUUGCCGAAUAUGUUUUCCACCUUACAAGACUGAACCCUGAUAUCCUAUUCCUUCACAAAGAUUCUGGAAUGGUUAACAUUUCGUACUUCAAAUUCGAUCUCGACGAAUCCACAGGUGAACUGGAAACUAUUAAACCAGUACCGUUCCGUCUUACACCCAAUAUUGCCGAGUUUAUGACAACAUUUGGAGUUCAUGGACCCCUAGUUCAGGGAAUGACCUCUUUGGCAAGAUGUUUAAUCUAUCCUAACUACAAACUAUCUGCUAUUCUUCGAGCUAUACUUCGAGAUGAGAUGGCUUCCUGGAUAAAGAAGAAGCAGGAUGAUCGCGACAUGAUGAACAUCCGUGGUCCCUCAGAUUCUCAAGGCGAAUCUGACAGUGAAGCUGUAAUUAAUAUGGUCACUAAAGCUGUUAAUGCAAUUAUGGCAAGAAUCCAACUGCUAUGCAACUUUGACGGAGUUGAUAAUAAUGUGAGUUCAUUGGUCACGGCUGCUAACUCCCACGAGAAUUUGUGCAGAAUGGACCCUACAUGGCACCCGUGGUUAUAAUUUAUGAAGCAUUUCUCUAAACUUUUUUGUUAUGUGUUUGUACAUGUAAUAAGUUUACAUCUAAUAAAUGUCAUUUUUAUAUUACGA